CGGGCGUCUCAUGGCCGCUAGCAGCUCCCUGGUGCCCGACCGGCUGCGGCUGCCUCUCUGCUUCUUCGGCGUCUUUGUCUGCUAUUUCUACUAUGGGAUCCUGCAGGAAAAGAUAACAAGAGGAAAGUAUGGGGAGGGAGCCAAGCAGGAGACAUUCACUUUUGCCUUAACUUUGGUCUUCAUCCAAUGUGUCAUCAAUGCUAUGUUUGCCAAGAUCUGGUGGAUCGUACACGGAGCUGGCUCUAUGCUGCCUGUUCUAUCUCCUAUCUGGGUGCCAUGGUCUCCAGCAACUCAGCACUACAGUUUGUCAACUACCCAACUCAGGUCCUUGGUAAAUCCUGCAAACCAAUUCCAGUCAUGCUCCUUGGAGUGACUCUGUUGAAGAAGAAAUACCCAAUGGCCAAGUACUUGUGUGUGUUGCUAAUUGUGGCUGGAGUGGCCCUUUUCAUGUACAAACCCAAGAAAGUAGUUGGGAUGGAAGAACACACAAUUGGCUACGGAGAGCUGCUCUUGCUCUUAUCUCUGACCCUGGAUGGACUGACAGGUGUUUCCCAGGACCACAUGCGGGCUCAUUACCAGACAGGCUCCAACCACAUGAUGUUGAAUAUUAACCUUUGGUCGACAUUGCUGCUGGGAGCUGGAAUUCUGUUCACUGGGGAGCUCUGGGAGUUCUUGAGCUUUGCUGAAAGGUACCCUGCCAUCAUCUAUAACAUCCUGCUCUUUGGCCUAACCAGUGCCCUGGGUCAGAGCUUCAUCUUCAUGACAGUUGUGUAUUUUGGUCCCCUGACCUGCUCUAUCAUCACCACAACUCGAAAGUUCUUCACCAUUUUGGCCUCUGUGAUCCUUUUCGCCAACCCCAUCAGCACCAUGCAGUGGGUGGGCACUGUGCUUGUGUUCUUGGGUCUUGGUCUCGAUGCCAAGUUUGGGAAAGGAGCCAAGAAGACAUCUCACUAGGAAGAGAGAGACUACCUCCACUGCAAGAAUAUUUAAGUUAUUAUCUCAAAUAGUGAUAUCUCUUGGGAAAAUGGACACAAUAGAGAUAAAAGACUGGGUUCCAGUCUGGUUUUUUUUUAAAGGAAGCAAAAUCACAUAUUCUGGGAAAAAAAGUACUUUGAUUUUAACAAGACAGAGUUGGCAGUUUUUGUUCUUGAUGACCUGGAGCACAGCUUAACGCAAAUAAAGAGAGAAAGAAGGAAGAGGCAGAACUUGAUGCUCCUUGCCUGAGCUGCUUCCUCUCAGGUGUGGUUAACCUGGUCGGGUGGCUAAUUCCUUCAAGAGCCUAGGGAGGACUUUUAAUAGAUUGUAUAGGUGUGCUUGCGUCCUCUGUUCCCACAGGUGAGGCUGUACGUGUGCCAGGACAGAUGGCUGUGUUAGAGCCAUAGAAUGUAUACAUUUACUUUCUCUCUCAAAGCUCUGGUGGA